AUGGUUCCUCUUCGUACUCUUGUUGGAAAGAUGAUCAACAAAGCUCAUGCUGACUUGAUGACCUUGACUGACACAUUACCUUCCAUGUCUGAUGUUGAACGAAAACGACAGAUCCUCAACUAUACCACUUUUACACGGAAACAGUUCCUAAAAUUAAUGAACAUUAUGGCAUUUUUGGCGAAUCAAAACAAGACGUUCCAAGAUACAGUAGACUUCCUUCACAAGAUUCAUAUCGAGUUACCAGCUGCUCGUGUUCGAAAUUUUGAUAUACUAACAGCUGUUGAUGUCCUAACAACAGGAACUUACCAACGCAUGCCAACCAAAAUUGAAGAUAUGUUACCACCAAAACCGUUAACAGAUCAACAAGUAUUAGAAACAUUCGAAAAAAUGAACGACGAAAUCCGAAUCCGAAUGUUGACAAAAGAAGUUUUACCUUCUCCUAUGCAGCAAUAUCGUAUCGAGAACGGACGUGUUUACUUUUGCGUGGAAAAUGAAUUCGAAGUAUCACUUACAUUAAUGGGAAAUAGCGAUGAUCGAAAAUGGUGGAUUAUAUCUCUGGAUGUUUUAGUUCAACCUUCUUCAGGUGGUAGUGCGGCUGAUGUAGAUAUAUCUUUGAAUGAAAACCAACGACAACGACUUCGAGCAAAUGCACAACGACAAUUAACACCUCCAAGCAUACCAAAAUCAUCAACAGAUCGGCAGUUAUUCUUCCCUUUGGUCAAUCUCUACGACUAUAUUCAUCUCUUCUGUCUCAACAUGCAAUUGGAAAUUAUAUAUAUUCAGGCUACGAUGAUGGCAAAAACUCGUUGGCUCGAUCAGCUAAAAGUUCAUAUGAACUCUACAAGAACACAUUUGACUCUAAUAUAUUGGGGAGGUGGAUCUCCAACAGCACACUGGGGUAGUCCACAGGCAUCAUCUAUCGCUGUUCGUGAUGAAUUGAAAGGAUUGAUUCAAAAAUCUGGUAUUGGUGCUUCAGUUUCUUUGGCAGAUUUGGAUGAAACAAGCAGAAACAAAGUCUAUUGUUCAUUGAAAUAUCCCAAAAGUUGUCUGGAUGUCCUUUGGAGUGGAAGUAAAAAUCUUCAUACAAACGAAACGUUAUUGAACUCGAUGAAUAUGAAUGUCGAACUACUUUUAUUACAUGUUACGAAUUACCACAAACAUGCUAUCCUUGGUAAAUUCCGACAACUUCUCAAAUCCCAGUCAGUGUUCUUGGAAGAAAAUGGAUUGCAUCUGGUUUCCGAUGGACAACCUUUAGUUAUACGGUACAGACAUGAUCGUUAUAUUCACAUUGAUUUCGAUAGUCGUGUUGGUCGUGUCAAGGUGUAUGAAGCUGGCAAGAAUAGUGGUGAUGGUGAUGUGAAACUUAGUGGUUUAGAAGAUCGAUUGAAUACAGACCCUAUCAAUAUUGGACGUCAUUUACUCUGGCUUCGAUCCGAAGUGGUGGUACAUGAAAUUGUCUCGCUGGCGAAGCAGUUAAAUCUACAGCCUUUCCAUCCUUCUCAAAUGUUACUUCGAGCAGAUGACAUGAUGAAACUCUUUGGCGAUCUACCAACGUCUUCACCUGACCUUAUGAGCUCAUCGACUUCAUCUUAUCCUCAGCAUUGUGUCUUUUUACAAUUUUCUCAAUUUGAAGAUUGGUAUUUGGUAGUAGCUGUCAUUAGAAAUGAAUUCCAAUCAUCAUUGUGUUGUCUCAACACGGAUCAAAAUGCUAUAUACCAAGAAUUUGCAGACUUGAUCCAUGUGGAUUAUGAUCAGGUGUGGAAAGAACGAUUUAUCAAUGGACGGAAUGAUGAUUUGGAAUUGAAGUUAUCGACAAAAAAACGACAUAAUGAUAUAUCAAAGGAUAUCAAAAAAUUGACUUCUGAACAACAUUCGCCUAAAAGACGAAGAACAAUGGAUGAAAACGAUCUCUUGCCUGGAUCAUUAAGAAGAACAUUAGACAAAACUGAUAAGUAA